AUAAAAUGGCACAGAUUUUCCUUUAAUUUGUCACCCGUCUGUACGUGCUCGCUGUCUGGUGCUCGUGACAGAGUGGUCCCUUUAAUGGCGCGCUGGUAGACUUGUUCAUCUGCGCGCGUGUCGCUCUCGGUGUUUCUCUACCACUUGCUCUCUCAGGAGUGUCUGAGCGACGCGGGCGAAUCGGGGUGUGUCUGCACAAACAAGGAAGCCACCGAGCGCAAACAACAACACCACCAGUGGAUGUAAGAUGCAGCACAACGAAAAACUGACAAGCCGGAUCUGACACUUGUUUGGCUUGAACGGCGUCUAGAAAACAUGAAGAAGCACCAAAGCCCCGCUAAGCUGGCGGCGGAAGUGCGCGUGCCAGAAGGCGAGGCUACCGUGCAGCAACUCAAUGAGCUUUUGUCCGACGGCAGCGGUUUCUACAGUUUACCAGCGCAACAUUUCAAUGAGGUGUUUCCUAGGAUUUACAUCGGUAAUGCGUUUGUGGCCCAGAAUGUGAUGCGCCUGCAGCGGCUCGGCAUCACACACAUACUCAACACAGCAGAGGGCAACUCCUUCAUGCACGUGAACACCAAUGCUGAGUUCUAUGCAGGAAGUGGGAUCACAUACCAUGGCAUAAAGGCCAAUGACACAGAACAAUUUAACCUCAGUGCCUUCUUUGAGGAAGGGGCCGACUAUAUCGAUAAGGCUUUGGCACAUGCAAAUGGAAAAGGAAAAGUGUACGUUCACUGUCGAGAAGGCUACAGCCGCUCCCCGACUAUGGUCAUUGCUUACCUCAUGCUGCGCCAUAAAAUGGAUGUGCGAGUGGCGACAGCUACAGUAAGGCACAAGAGAGAAAUCGGGCCCAAUGAUGGCUUCCUGCGCCAGCUGUGCCAACUCAAUGAGAAGCUGGCCAAAGAGGGCAAGCUGAAGAAUAAAUGAUAGACAACACAUCUAUCACUCCUCUGGCACCAGAGAUUUGUCUGGUGAAAAUAUCUUACCAGGCUAGCACCUCCCCAUUCUUUCUUUCCCUCUCUCUCUCACUCUCUCUCUCACACACACACACAGCUAAAAGGCAGAUACAUAUUAACAGAAUUGUUAAACUGUUAGUCUUGAAACACACACACACACAGACAGUGCAUAGGUCUACAAAUCUAGCAUUGUCUAUGAUAAAUAUCCUGCUUCUCUACCUUUUUUUAUUUGAUCACAGUUUCCCACAGUAAUGUAUGUAGCCACAUGUAAAAUAAUUCUAUUUAAUAUAUUUUACAAUAUAUUUAUAUUUUGCAAUAUAUUAUAUGACCUAUUGAAAAUAUUACAGUAUAUUCCAUUUACUUGUGGAAUGUGAAACACUUCUGCUGCCAUCUGUUUGUACGUCUAGCAUCUUUGGAGCUCUUUAGCCCAGUGUGCAUACAAUGGUGAAAUUUAGAGCACAGUCACGCUGUAGUCUCCCACUGCCGGAUUUUUCACAGUGAUCGAUCCCAUUCCAUUUUAUAUAUGGUUCUACAUGGAGGAAUUUCAAACGAUGCAGAGUGUACACCUACCUCUGUGGAAAAAGCACCAAAAUUACACUUAGAAUUAAUGAGAGAAUAUUGAUUUAGCUCAUUGCAGCUGAUACUACCGACUGAUAUUUCCAUCAGUGCACACUGAAUGAGGUUUAGACAACUGACAGGUCAUGUCAUCAUUGCUUUUUUUGUACCAUAGCUUCACACAUGUUAGCUGAACAAUGCUUGCUUCACAUCUAUAAAAUGGAAGUGUCAGUAUCAGCUGUGAUACAGUACAAUAUAAGAACCGCAUAGCUCUGAUAUGUGAGUUUAUUACCAAUCCAGAAUAACACCAGAAGCUUUUAUCCUCCUCAAGAUCACAGUCAAACUGUAGCAUAACCAAUAAAAUCAGUAUGUUUAUGUGCUUGCUUAUGUAAUUGUAAGUAUCCUUUAUCAUGCAUCAAAUACAAGGUCAAGCCAUGCUUUGUAUAGGGUAUUGCUAGCAUAUAUACUGUAUUUUGGAGAAUUACUUUAAGCCAAUCUCAUUAUUGAGUCUUCCUUAUAGCCCUGAUGUUGAUAAUAGUGUUACAAACAGGGACUGUAAAAGAUUUUUCAAAUUGGACUGAGAGCACAAAAAAAGAUCUGAGCAUCAUUAUUAAGGAGACUCAUAUAUCACUUUGAACCCACUAUAGAACUAGGCCAGAUGAAACCAUAGAGCAUUUUUUUUUCUCAAAAUUCAAAUGACUCCAAUUUCUAUAUUUAUAUGCAAUGCAGAAAUAUAUACAUGUAUAUAAAUAGUUAGGUGUUGACAUAUAUGAAUGUAUUAUAAACUGUAUGUGUAUUACUACAGUAUGUGUUCUCAAACUAAUCUCCAACUUAUUGUAGCCAUGAUUCAUAUCAUGUUAACACAUUAAUAAUACAAUUAUAAGGAUCAAAAUUAAUAAUACAAUUAUAAAGAUCAUUGAGAGCAGGGGUUAUCAACUAGCAUAUCAGGGUCUAGACCAGCAGAGGAUUUAAGUGGACUGAACUGAGCACUUACAAAACAAAAUAAAACACAUUAUGCCUUCUGCAGCAGUUCUUUGGUUGUGUCUUAUCCAACUUUAUGGCAGCUCACCAUACCAGAUGUUAGCCAUAGUGGUAGACACAUUAAUUCAGCAAGCAAAUUUCUCAUUUACAUCUUUGUUCUAUGGGGAGAGAAGUGAGCAGAUGGCAUUUGGCUAAGUUAAAAAAAAAGAAGGUAAAAACAGAACUUUUUAAAGAUGAGUGUAAAUGAUUUUAUUCUCCUGAAAAAGCAAAACAACCGGUUCAAGCAAACACAUUUACAAAAUUGUAUUGUAUACUAACUUUACUAUAAAAAUGGUUCAGGUUCAAUAUGGAAUGAUCACCAGAGUGCACUUUUAUAAGCAUGAUGUUUUUAUGUGGCUAGCCUUUGACCAAUUUUAGCUGAAUACCCCUGCUCUAGAUCUUCAAGUAUUAUUUUAAAGGGUUUAGAUAAAAAUAAUAAUAAUAAAAAAAAAUGUAUGUGUGUGUGUGUGUGUGUGUGUGUG